AAAAGACACAAACAGCAGUGGAAGUUGCAUUGAUAAAGUUAGGUUCCAUCUGAUUUGUGUCUUUCGAACACAACCCUCCAAGUUAUGUUUCCAGACUGUGACUCAGAAUGGACAAGUCAUCAGAAGAAGCUGGCUACAAUGCGAAUUAUGUGCAAGCAUUUGAAUUUUACCUGCAGCAAUCAGAGGAGCACAAGGCUAUUUGUGCAUUCAUGGAUAAAGUACUUCCUGAUGAAUUUACAAGAAUAGGAGAGGGAAAAUCCAGCUUCAAUGUUUUGGGUGUUGGCAGUGGUGGGGGUGAGAUGGAUGCCCAUAUGUUGCAUAUACUACAGUCCAGAUUGCCAGCGACCCCUGUCAGCGUCGAUGUAGUGGAGCCCAGCAAGAAACUAAUCGACAACUUCAAAGCUUUGGUGGCCAGAACUCCAAGUCUGCAAAAGAUUCCCUUUACUUGGAAUGCCAUUGCAUGCGGAGAAUAUGAAAAACAGGUCAAAGGCAACAAGCGAUUUGACUUCAUACACAUGAUUCAGAUGCUCUACUAUGUCGAUGAUUAUGUUGCCACCAUCAAGUUUUUCCAAGGUCUCUUGAGGGAGAAUGGGAGGCUUUUGAUUAUCCAUGAGGGAGCCAGCAGUGGCUGGGCAACACUGUGGAAGACUUACAAGAAAGAGCUUUGUACCAGAUCUAUCUCUAACUACAUCUCAGCCAGCGAUAUUAAAGACCAGCUGAAAGCUCUGGGUUUAAAGUUCGAGGAGCACCUGGCUCCAAACACUUUAGACAUGACUGAUUGUUUCACUGAGGGCAGCAAAAAAGGGCAGCUGUUAUUGGACUUUAUGACUGAUCAGAAUUUCCACACUACCAUGACUCCUGAAACAAGGGCAGGAGUGCUGGACCUGCUCCGAAACAAAUGCAGCACAGUUAAGAAUGGUCGCAUACUGUUUGACUGCGGCCUGAGCUGUCUAGUGGUUCAUACAUAAUCAAUGUUCAGGUCAUCACACACAGACACAUACCACCACUACACCAAGUGCAAUGUAAGGGUUUGUGUGUGUGUGUGUGUGUGUGUGUGAGUGUGUGUGUGUUAAAUACCUGUGAAAGAUGAUGACUCUAGGACUCUCAUCUCUGUGACAUAGUAAAAUGCAUUAAAACAGCAAUGCCAUGGUAGAUUUUACAUUGUAUUCUCUUACAUUUGGUUGACUUCGGGUGGUGUGUGUCUCUGUGAUGAUUAAAAUGUCUACACGGUUCACUUCAAAGGAAUUAUAAACAACUCAUUGGAAAAUGUAUGUUUUUCUAACAAAAUAUGCAAACUUUUCUAAAAGAACUCAAUCCCUUCUGACCAGAGACUAACAAAUAACUGCUUUUUUUUAAAUUAUUAUUCAGAUUUGUGCUUAGUUAAGUUUAGUGCACAACUGCAUUGAAGGAAUUUUACACACAUGGAAGGAUAGAAUAGAAUGAUCUUUAUUGUCAUUAAACUCAAGUACGAUGAAAUUUCCCAUGGUUUCUCCCGAUGUAGUUGAAAUAAAACAAAUCAAUAAAAGCAGUACCAGAAA